UCCCAUUUUCAAUACUCAUGAAAUUGGCGCCUUUUAAGUGGUAUUAACAAACAAAGGAAAUCCCUUUUGAUAAAAAAUAAAUAGAAAAAGUAAAACAAAACCAUUAAAACCCACUCAUUUCCUUUGCUAACACACUUCACACUUCUUACUAUCUUCACAUUUCUCUCUCUCUCUCCCUCCUGCUUUCCUCAUACUACAUUGAACCAUAAUUCUUUCCUCGUCUGCUUUGUCUUGAAAACAAGUUGGUGGAAAUGACAGAAGUAUGUCCAACUGAGGAUGCUGUUCUUGCACUUUUAGAAUACUUAGUUGACCCAAUGCUACCAGCAAGAUCUGCUAUGCAUAACCCAUCAGCAUCACAGCAGCAAGCUUUGGCAAAGCAGGUACAUGCUGUAGUGUUGUUAUACAACUACUACCACCGGAAACAAUAUCCAAAGCUAGAGUUUCUUGGUUUUGAUUCAUUUUGCAAAUUGGCUGUGGUUUUGAAACCAGCAUUAUUGGCGCAUCUCAAACUCACCCAAAUGCCUAAUUAUACGAAAUUAGAUGACCCGGAGAAUCAACUAUCACCAACUGAGAAAUCAAUUAUGCAAGCAUGUGAUAUAUCUACAACUUUAGAUGCAUUAAGAGAAGAUCCAAUUGUCAAAGGAUGGCCAAUUACUAAAGUUGCAGUAUUUUUGGUUAACUCAAAGAAAGAGAACUGUUUAUUAGUAUUUAGUUCUGUGACUGAAGGGGUUUGGUCAGUGAUUGAAAAAGAUGUAGAGGUGUCAAACCAAAGUUUAGGGACUACAAUGGAGACAAAUCAAACAUAUAAGAGGAACAGAUUACUUCAAAAAAUUCCAAGAGCUGAAUCCAGGAUUAAUUUAACUGAUUUUCAGCAACUUGCUUAUUUAGCUGUCAAGGAAGCUACAGGUAUUACUCAGACUGAUCUCAUGAUUUUGGAAGACCAUCUUGUGUAUUCUACUACUAAAGAAAAGACAGUUGCUCAGUUUUACAUCAUGCAAACCAAACUAUUCAAAGAAGAUGCUGUUCCAGUUUCCAUCAAAGAUGUUAUUGACAGUCUGCAGGGUCCUUUGGUUAAAAAGAACUCUGGAAAUUGGACAGUUACCCCAGUCGUUGAGUAUCUCCAUGUUCUUCCUUAUGGUGGGAUUUUGUCAAAUUGGAUGAAUAGGCAAGGACCAAGCCCUGAAAGGACGAAAAUUCCAAGGGAAUUGGCAGAAAAUAAAAUUCAAGUUAAUUUUCAUGCUGGUGGCAUGGGAGAAGUUAACAGCCAUAAGAUAACUGCCACUGAUCUUAAAUUACCAAAGGAGAAAGAUGUUAUUGGUUUUUCCAAUGCUUCUAACGGGCCUCAGGUCUUACCAAGUGAAGAAAAAUGCAAUAAUCUAGCAAGUGGUGUUGAUAUCAAGUUUGAAAUGGACUCAACAACAAGGUCAUACAGUUCUAACUGUACAAUUGAGAAGGUUUCUUCUGGAAAUAGAGUCAGUGACAUCUCAUCAGGUCAAAAUGGAAUUGGUUGCAAUGCACUGGUCUCUUAUCAGUCCAACAUCUCAUUGGAUCAAAAAGGAAAUCGUUAUCAUCCACUGGUCACUUAUCAAUCCACUUCUCAGCAUCUUGAGAAGAUACAAAGUAUCAUGGCUUCGAAAGACGACUUAUUGACCGAGACUGCUUUAAGAGUUCUUAGAAGGAGAAGGGAUAAGCUGUCUCUGCAGUUGCGCAGUAUAGAGGAUGAGAUUGCUGAGUGUGAUAAAAAGAUCCAAACAAUUUUAAAUGGUGGUGAAGAUGACCUUAAGCUGAAGAUAGAAUCCCUCAUUGAAGGUUGUAAUGAGGAAAGUCUACAAAGUGUUGCCCAUGAAAGGACUAAUCAACCACUUGAAAACACUUUAUCACCUCAAUACAACAAGAGAAAGAGGUUGACAGAGGCAAUUUUUAGCACACAAAAUGCUCUCCGGGAACUUGAUGCUAUUUGUAAUGCAAACAAUUGGAUAUUACCUACCUACCAUAUAAACCCAGCAGAAGGUGGAUAUAGAGCAAAUGUAAGCAUACAAGGAGCAGGUUUUGAUUGCUCUAGUGUGGGCGAGGUGCAUUCAAGUCCUGGUGAAGCAAGAGAAUCAGCUGCAGCACGCAUAUUGGUGAAGCUGCGCAUAAAAGCAACUCAGUCUAGAUAAUUAAUAGGUUUCAGUUGAUAGUGGGAUAGUACAAUACAAUGACCCUAGAAGUAGAAGGUACAUUUUCUGCAAAUGAAAAAACAUUUGAAAAUAUUUUAUGCAGGCCCUACAGGUACAGAUACAUUUUGUUACCACGAAAAACUGUAAUGCCUACGGAAGUUAAAAAAGAAAAAUAAUAAAAUCUCCGGGGGCUCAAUUUUUUUUUCUUUUCUUUUGGUUGUUUAUUCUGCAAAAUAUAUCUCUUACUAUUAUGAAAGUAUCACAAAACCCAUGAUAAAUUUCUUCA